AUGAAGGCCAACUAUCUUUCACUAUGGGCGCUCGCAGGCUCGGCGUCUGCCUAUCUUGCCACAACCACUCACUACUACGACGGUCAGAAGGGUGCUUGCGGUUGCGGCACCGACUCCGGCCUUGAUUCAUGGCAGCUCGGCAUUGCUACCGAUGUCUACACUGCUGCAGGAUCUCAAGCGCUAUUCGACACCGACGACUCGAGCUGGUGCGGAGGCGGCUGCGGUAAAUGCUACAACUUGACAUCCACGGGCGAGUCGCCAUGCAGCACCUGCGGUACUGGAGGAGUUGCCGGCGACAGCAUCAUUAUCAUGGUCACCAACCUCUGCCCCUACAAUGGCAACGAGCAGUGGUGCCCAUCGGUUGGUGCUACCAACGACUACGGGUACAGCUACCAUUUCGACAUCAUGGCCGAAAGCGAGGUUUUCGGUAACAACGUCGUCGUUGACUUCGUGCCCGUCGCAUGCCCCGGACAAGCCGUCACUGAUUGGGAAACCUGUGAAUGCUACGGCGAGACUGAUAGCGAUACCACUCCUGCCGGAAUGACGUCUGCUGUUGAUAGCUCCGGAACAUCAGCCACGUCGUCCGCGUCUUCGGUUUCUUCUACAUCCUCCUCAUCCUCCACUGUUCUUCCAGUCUCUUCAACCACUGCCGCAGAGUCUUCCCCCACGACUACACUGGUAACAGAGGCUUCUAGCGCCGCGUCUACACAAGCAGCUUCAACUGUUGUUGAACCAUCUUCUGUCGCCUCAGAUGUCGUGGCGCCUUCGUCAACAUCUACCUCGGCAGUCGUUGAGCCAUCUUCCGUUACUUCAGCUGCGGUCGCACCAUCUUCGACUGCCAGCCCUGCGGGUACUACAACCACCACCACCACCUCCGUGACAAUCAACACCGUCGUCACGGAAACAAUCACUAUCUGGGCUACACCAUCUUCGUCGAAGGCUAGCUCGACAUCGAGCUCCGCAGCUGCCGUCCAAAGUCUUUAUGGUCAAUGCGGCGGUAUCAACUGGACUGGUGCUACGACCUGUGCGACAGGUUCAACCUGCAAGGUUCAGAACCCGUACUACUAUCAGUGCGUCAGCUCAUCGGAUUAG